CGGUUGGUUAUGCACGCGGCCUCGCAGUCAGUUGUGUAUCUAAUCUUGAUUCGAACGAGUGGUUUGUACUGCCUUCUUCCUUAGAUAAACAAUGACGUAUACAUAUCAACAAAAAUAAUUGAAUAAAAAAGUGUCAAAUCGAGUGAAUGUGUUAAUCAUUUUAUUAAAUUCAGUAACAUUGGAGGUCAACACGAAAUAAAAAACAAGAUGGUGAAAAUAUUACCAAUGCUGCUCAGCUUCUUUGCACUGCAAGCAUCUUGCAAGGCUGCUCCGAGUGAAAUUAAUUUAGUCAUUCCUGAAUAUACCGAAAGAGACCCAAAACUUGACAGCAUACCAAAUGAAGUAGCUGAUCAAAGUUCAGUUGAAAACGAUAGUGAAAAUAACCAACGACAAAAGAGAUUUUAUGAUAAUUCAGACUUCGGAUAUCCACCCUUCGGAAUCCCUUCAAAUGUUCCUUAUUUGGGUCAAUCUCAAUACUCAAAACGAGAUGAAAGUCAAAAUACAGGUGUUCACGGUACUGUAGAUGUCUUGUCGUUGAUCUUUAAUCGCUUACAAGCAAUACUUAGCGAUGUCAGACAACGUCCACAACCUCUGCCUCAUCAAGCGAAUAUUCCGACAUUUAUUCCAGUUCUUUAUAUACCACAAGCCGGUUGCAGCUGUACCACUAAUAGUCAAGUUCCGUCACGCCCAGAUAAUGGUAAUGAUCAGACUCAAACAAAUGAAGAAACAACACCUGCUUUACCUAAUAGAUUUCCCGAAUUAGACGAUACACAACAGAAUUGGGGGAUUGUAAGCGGUAAUGAAUCAGAUGUAAAUGUCGAGAGGGAUGGAAACAGGCCAAUUUCCUUUGAUCCUAUUAUUCCUCAAACACCCCUGGAUGUACCUGUUCCUCCCGUAGAACAUGGUAGUGUACAAGCAGGAGCUGAGCCUCAACUAAUUUCACCUACCACUCUUAGACCAAUUGCAAAUAGACCAAUAGAAAAUAGACCAGCUAAAGGUGACAGCAGGACACCGUACAUUACCCCUAGUAUUUGUGACGCAGCAGUAGUAAGCUGCUGCUUGCGACCUCAGAUAACGCCUAAUUGUUUUUCCCAGCAAGGUUGCUCGGAUCCUUCUCGAUACGGUAACCCAUGUGAUCCUGAGGUAGUAUUGAAUGUCGUGAAAAAGAUGGAGCAUUAUCUUAAGCAAAAAAACGGUUAAUUUAAAAAACGUGUACAAAAUAUUUAAACAUUUCCUCGAAUUGUUUAAAUAUUUAUUCUAUAGUGUUGUAAUAUUGUAUCAUGAACUGCAUCAGUCUAUAUAUAAAUACUGCAAUUGUUAUUUUUAUUAGUAUUAUUCAAAUAACAAUGAAAAAUUAAUAAAUACGGAAUUGGAUGCUUACUUUAGGUAAUGUAUCUUAAUGUAUACUUUAAAACUUUUUUUAUCUGUCUUUGUCUGAUCUGAAUACAAACAAAAGUAGUAUGAUCCACUUCAAAUGAAAAGUUUAUAAGAGAUAUUUUAUAGCACAGUAAUUGUACGUUGGUGAAGCUUUUAGUCGGACUGACAAUUUAUUACACUAUUGAACUAGAAGACACGUUUCAUCUAUCACAGCUAUAAACAACUAUAUUAUUUUUUAAACGAAUGAAAAUAUGAUUACAUAAAUGUGAUAUGUGUUCCUAUAUUUAUUUUAACGAAGUCGCCGCCGCCACAAACCUGUAAAACAAUUUAAUAAUAAUAUUAUGUUAUUUUAUAUAAUUAUUUUAAUUAAAAUAGUGCCACUUGUGAGCAAAGUCUUUUAAACGACGCUAUCUUGCUUGACUAGCGCAUUUAGGAGGCUUUCCUAUAUUUAGCAUUCAAAUUUUAACACAUACAUACAGGUAUAUAUUUAACUUAAUAAAGAUUUUUUAUUUAUAGAAGAAAUAAUCAUAUUUAUUAUCAAUAUUAUGUAUAUUAUAAAUAGUAUUAUUUUUAAAUUAGUAAGCUAAGCUGUUAGCCGAAUUUUUUAUACCGUUACUGUUUUUUUCUGGAACAAUAAAUAUUUUGCACAUAAGUGAAAACAUACUUAAGCAUCUUACAAAAAAGGUAUUAUUAUUUAAAGCGUCUAUUUUCUAUUAUGUUUGUUCUUCCUUAGCCGAAUAAUGCUAUAAAAUACUCAUUUAAAUAAAUUCGAAUAUUUUUAUUUGUAUGUUAAUUUUAAGGUUUAAAUAAAACAACGAAUUCUAUAAUC